CGGCAUGCCAGUGUACCAGCCGACGGGCAGCGCCGCCUACCAGCAGGCCCUCAUGCAGCAGCUCAGCGGCCAGAGCUUUGUGCCCGUGUCAUUGUAUUGGGGGACACAGCAGUGACCUAUGAGCCGCAUUUCCCUCAUCACGUAGAGGUGACAGACAUGAAGGUGAGUGUCUGUCGCGAUGCGGUGAAGGGGAAGUGCGGUCGGGGGCUGUGCAAGUACUAUCACCUGCCGGUCCUCCUGCCGCCCGCCCCCCUUGACCCGCACUCCGCCCGCACCCACUCAGCCCCGCGCCACCACACACUCCACAACCCGCCCACACACACCCUCGUCCUCGACAACGCUUACUACUUGGAGGCCAACACCAACAACAACAACAGUAAUAACAACAGCGGCAGUAGCGGCGGCGGCUCGGCCGCCUCGCCCACACCACUCGCGGCGGCAGCAGCAGCAGCAGCAGCAGCAGCGGCGGCGGCAGCAGCGGCCUCCUCCAGCAGUGGCAGCGGUGAGCCGGCCGGCCCCUCGGCCCUGCAGGUCAUCGCCGGUCUGGCCGCCCCCAACAACAUCAUUUGCAACUAGCGGCCCCGCGCCCUGCUGGAGGCGGGAGAGGGUCUCCCGCGCGGUGGUGUGGCGCCGCGUGUGGGCGGCUUGGGGAGCGCGGCGGCGCGAGCCCCGGGCCCCGGAGCUUCUGGUGCUAGCACAGCCAUGCUCACUCAAUGUGAUUUGUCAAGUGUGUCCUUACAGUCCCCACGGGGACAGGUCAACUCCAGCACUCGUGGAUAUUUUUUCAAAAAACAUAACAAAAAUAAAUUUUCACUUUGUUUUUAUCUUUUAUAUAAGGAUAAGGUAGGAAGAUGAUGCCCUUAUAAAGGGUCGAGAUUAAUUAUUUUCUAUUAUGUACCAGUGAAACAGACUCUGGACUGUUGUGCGAACAUGACAAAGUCACGUGCCAGUGAAGCCCCGACCAGCGGCCGGCCCCGGGGGUCCACCCCCUCGGCACCGCCACGCCCCUCGGCAGGCGGGCGCCCAGGCCCCGGCCCAGCGCCCCGCCGCCCUGGCCCGGCCAGUAGUCAGCAGCUGAGGUGCCAGCGUCAGCGGAGACGGUCCGGGCGGCACUGGGCCUCGCUCCCGGCGGCGGCAGCGGUGCUGGGGCGCCGCCCCCCCGGCGCGCUGGUCCAUUACCGAGGGAGAGAUGCAGUGAGAAGCUCAGCUGAACACGGCGGACUCGAAGUGAGGAACACGGAUGAGAGAGGACACAGGAAGGACCGGAGAGGAAGAAGGGACGGAUCCAAGACCCAAGCCAGAAAGAAUCUCUAUUUCUGCAAAUGUUUUAUCAUCAUGUUUUAUUUAUAUUUUUUUUAAGGCCUGUUUUCACACGAAUUGGUUUCUAGUCAUUUACCCUUUGUUUAUUUCCUUUUUAUGCCAUGACUAGCUCGGUGAAUUUAUGGGGCUGUGACAACUUAGUACAGUAUGUCUGGUUUUAUAUGAAACUGUAUUAUGCAAAGCCGUAUGUGUCUGUUGUAGUGCUCGUGAGGGAAAAAUUUUUCAUAGUUCCUUGUGUUAUUUUUACAUAUAUGAAACUUGAGUGUUUUAUUACAUGUAAAAGUGCCACGACGUUAAUGUUCCUGCAAUUGACGCAUUUAGGAAUCAAAGAGAGGGUAUAAGGGAGGGUCGAGGAAAACAUGCUUGUGGAUGUCCCGGCUUUAGAAGUCACCGUUUGGCAACUCAGUCUGUCCGGGUGGCCUGUUUGUACUUUUUAUAUAUUAGCUUAUGAAAGGUGAUAAUACGCCAUGAGCUGCGUGGCCUAUCAGAGUCAUUUAUACUUAUUAUCAUUAAACAAAGUAACAUAUAUUUGAGAUAAAUAAGCCUCAGCUUACACAGGAAAGCAGUGCUUGAAGUAUCAGACAUAUCAAAGUUUUAUACAUAUAUUAAGAUAUUUGAAUUAUUAUCACAGAUUUAUUCAUAUAUAUAUAUAUAUAUAUAUAUAUAUAUAUAUAUAUAUAUAUAUAUAUAUAUAUAUAUAUAUAUAUAUAUAUAUAUAUAUAUAUAUAUAUAUAUAUAUAUAUAUAUAUAUAUAUAUAUAUAUAUAUAUAUAUAUAUAAUAAGGCUAAGAUUGCCUCCCUUGUUUAUACAUUGUUUUCAUUUACAUCCAAUCAGAAGAAAACACCACCACCACCACUACCACCAAGCCUUUCACGCGGCAAUAGCGACAUCGGCAGCGUUACCUUAUUCUUGGGUUCAGUUUUACCGUAAUUUGCUUAUCAGAGUCAAGGCAAGACAAGGGAAUGUUCGUAGAGAAUCUGUGGGUGAAAACUUUGGUGAUGAUGCUCAACGAGGCGGCAAAGCAACGCUAAAAGGAGAGUCCAUGACAAAGGCCCCCCGGACACGCACGCUCUCUCGCUAGUUCACUUGUUCGUCAGGCUCAGUCUGGUGGCAGGGAGGCUCCUUCCCCCCACUCCCCCCUCACCCCCCCCACUCCUCAAUCCUCAACUACCCCCAGAGCGACCGUCUGUGCCACCUUUUGUACCGCCACGCCACACGCCGCCCCGGCCAGCCCGGUGGGCGGCGGCCGUCACUCGUGCACCGGAUCCCUCGCAAUAGUACCGUAUCCUGUAAGAGAUGCCAUCCAUGCACAACCAUACUCUUUGAAAGCCUCACUUCCCCCCCUCCCCGCCCCCCCCUCCCCUCUCCUGGCACCGCCUGAGCCACCGGCUGAAGCCCAUCACUCAGUUAAUGUCGGUUUCCACCAGCACGCUUGCUGUAAUUUAGGAUCUAACUUCAGCCAUGUGAUAAAGAGGAGCUGAGGGUGGCCGCGCGGGCCUCGGCCUGCGUGGGGCCACCUCAAGUCACGCUCACAAUCCGGCCAUGCAGGGUACAACUUGGACCCUAGAGUUGCGCUUGCUUCACAGUCAAAUGUAGCGGGCUUUUUCUUCAGAGUGCAGCAUCCAAUCUGCGGCUUCACGAUGUCACUGCUUCCGGCCCUGGGCGCCCCCUGCCGCACCCUGGCCACGGCCACGGGGCGGCGGGCCCCCCGGGGCCACCCCCGGGCAGGGCCUCGGACAGCCAGGGAGACGGGCAGAGAUAGGAGAGCUGUGCCGGGUCCUGCCCUGCCGCCCCUCACCCCCAAGGACGGGGGGCGGCACCUGCAUGUAACCAGUUAUGUAGAGUAGUUCCGUAGGCCCCGGCGCCCCGGCUUCACACGUAGCAGUAGGCUUGGGGCCCACGUCCCCGCACAUGCAUGUCGGCACCGCUUGUUCCAUUAAUCAGUGUCAGUGUGGGUAGAUCUCCCGUAACCCGUAACGAAGCUCCCGUGUCUGUGCGUAGCGCCGCCCUCCGAUGGCGAGGGGUUGCCGCCGCCGCCGCCGCCGCCCCCGCCGCCCACCGCGCGUCCGCACCGCCUGGCAACCCUGACUCAUCCCGGCCGCCGCCGGUCAGGAGGGCGAUAGACUUUACGAGGACGUCCUCACGAAGCCAAAUCAAAACUUGAGCGCCAUAUGUAUCUGUGUAAGUCUCCUCCGCCUCGGCCCUUCGUGAGGGCCACCCGCGUAAGACCUGUUCCUUGUGAUGGUGCGGCCGUCCGGCCCAGCGACCGUCGGGCUCACCAGCGCCGACCCUCACUACCGUAAGGUCCAUAAUUAUCAUAUGAAAUAAUAGUAAUAUUAAUCAUAAUUAUAAUCACGAUAAUCAUAUAGCCAGUCUGACGACAACUCGGUGGUGGCCGCCCGGCCGCGCCGCCGCUGGCGUCCGUUCAAAACGGCGGCAGCGACGGCGGCAGUCUGGCGGCCGCCAUGCCUCCUGGCCGUGGCGGUGGCAGCCCAAGUCGCCGCCGCCGCCGCCGCCGGGGAAUGCAUGCUCCUAGUAUCUAUUUUAUUUUUACUUGAGAACAUUUGUACACUAUGAACUAAGCCAGUCUUGAGAAAUUACCGUGUUUCCAGUCGUCCCCACCUUGGUCAGGGUUCAAGUCUCAAUGUAGAGAAACACAUUUCCACUGUUAUUUUUUAUAUUUUUUCAAUGCUUACUGUUCAUUGCUUGUUAAGCGGUUCAUUUACGCUGGCUUGGUUUUAAAAAGUCACAAAUUAAGUGAGUUUUAUACUUAUACGUGUUUGUUUCUAAUUUAAUUUCUACGAAUGCUACUCCAAACGUUUAAAUAAAUGAUUUUCAUAUUUUACUAAUGGUAUGCUAGCAGCGCCUGACGCCCGUCAGAGCGAUGUAGUAAAGUGUGGGACGGAGGUCCCCAACAUUUUGUGAUAUUUUCUUAUUGUUAUUUAAGUCGAUUUCUCUGUUUUCCUGUGACUACUGACGUUGUUAUGUUACUUGUUAGGCUAAGGUUGCCGUACCGGGCGCCCCUGGAGCGCUGCCCCGCCGCUGCUGUUGGCCGCUUCUGGGUGCAGCAGCAGCAGCGCCGUGCCCACGUCUCUGUCGGUGAUGUGUCAUGUUUGUUUUACAUCUUUGAGCCAAGUCCCUGACCCUGGCCAUGCUGGGGGCAGGUGCCGUGCAGGACAGGGUGGCCCGGCCAUCCUGCCUUGCCCGCUCUCUGCCCCGGUGGUGCUGAAGGCGGGGCGGGGGCUGCGUGCCUCACAUCAGCAAGGGAGGGAGCCCCGGAGCCCUGUGUGGGGCCAGUGUGUCCUGGGCACCUCUGCCUGAGGUGCCCAUGAGCGCUGCCCAGCUGUGCGCCGCUCGCCCAUCCACCAAAUACUCAGCCAGCCUCAUUGCGGCUGCCGGGCAGUGACCCACGUCAUGCAGGGCAGCAGGGCAGUGACACAGGGCGCCGGGGACCCCAGAUGGCCACUGACAAGUGCGGGCGUGGCCAGAGGGCGACCCCAAGGUAGCAUCUCCUUUUAUACGAAGAAGAAACAGAAGCCCACGGAGGGAAAACUAAGGCAGAUCUGUGACCUCUUUCAAGAUAUUGGGUUAGACAACAGCCUGUAGUGUGGGCACCUUGUAUCAACCUGCCCAGCUGGUUCGCUCUCAUGUAUAAGUAACACCAGACUGAUACAGUGCAUUGAUACAAUCAUGCCUCAGUUACAUAGACUACUCAUUAUACCUAAGAAAUUUUAUCCAGCCAAUUGUAUAUCACUAUGUUAAAAAAUGCCAGUUAAGUGAAAAAGAAAAAAAAAAAAAACGUUGUGCAUAUCCAAGUUGUAUGUUAUUUGUACUAUUGUGUAUGCGUGAAGUCUGGAUUAUUACUACUUUUUAGGUAAUAAUAAUAUCUUGGAAGGUGGCGGGGGUGGGGAGAGGUGUCAGGGGGCUGGGGGUGCCGUGCGAGGCGGCACUCUGCCCCUCCAGGCCGCAGCGCCGACACCACACACAGGGCGAAGUGUCCAGCAGCCACUCACAUGCCGCGCCAGCCACGCCCGGGUCACAGCCACACACUCGCCUGGCCCUCUCUGGGGGACUCACUAUGUAAGAUAAUAAAUUAAUUCAUUCAUAAACCUGCAGCAGACAAUUAACACGACACGGGGCAGUGGAGGAGGGACAGGAGGAGGGUGAGUGAGAGUGAGAGGGGGAGAGAGGGAGGGGGGAUAACAUUUUUUGGACAUUAUUUUGUAGUAGGAAGCUCAGCAGGCAUGUGAGUGCGCGGCGCCUCCAGGUAAUUUUAGGUGUCCUCCGCCACCACCGUUCACCGCCACCACCACCACUACCACCACCACCACCACUACCGUAUACUAGGCCCCUUUGACUCUUCCUCUGAGACUAUAAUGUAUAGGGCUUGAGGUUCCUGAGUUUUCCAUUACACCAGCUCUUCAUCUUAGUCUUCUCCCUUAGAGCUUUGUGUAUAGAAGCCGUCAUCGUAGCCCCUCCUGUAGGAAGCCUCGCCGCGCGGUGUGUGCGGGGCUUCACACACUGAAUUAUACAUGUAUGUACUUAUAUAGAGCUCUCUAACCGUUUUAUUAGUUAUUAUAUAGAGGUUCGUGUCUAUUGCAGGACGGGCUGAUAGAUGAGAGGGACGGAAGAGGUGUUAUAUUACUACUACCCGUUUGUCGUUUUCUGUUCCAUAGACAAACUCUCAUUUCCAGAUUCCUUAACUUGCGGUGAAAACAGUUAAAGACGUAGCGUUUUCUUUCUUUCUCUCUCUUUCUCUCUCUAAAGGGAGUGAUUGAGGAAUACCCAAUAGAAGUGUAGCGUUACAUAGGAUAUCACUUUUGAACACUUUCCCAUUAUUUGGCAGGUUAAAGAAAUUACUUGUUUUAGGAAGAAUUAUAUAUAUUAAAGGAAAAGAGCCUAUUAUGGCGUUAUAUAAUUAGUACACUUCAGAACAAGACGUAAUAAAUUUUAUACAUAGAUAUCUUAUUAAACCGUAAAACUGUUUCAAGAUCAGCUUUCAUAGAAAAUUAUAUUAGGCUUUAAGAGAAAAAUGAUAAACUAAUAAUAUGUGUUGGUAGCGAGAGUUUGCGUAAAUAUAAAUGUUUAAUAUAUGUGAGGAGUGUGAUGGUGGUGGUGGUGGUGGUGGUGGUGGUGGAGGGGAGGGAGAGUGAGAGAGAGAGGAGGGGGUAAGGGGUGGUGAGGGCAGCUUGGUGGGGGUGCCAACAUUCCAGGGUCAGCAUAAUAACCCCGCCCCCCCCACCCUAGGUCACAGUCAUAAAAAAAAAGUGUAGCAUAAAUAAAGCUCAAAGAAAAAAUUACGUUUAAAGAUUUUUUUCUUGUUUGAACCUUUUUGACCUUAAAUAGCGUAGUUCCCUUAACCCUUCGAUCCUUAUUAUUAUAUUUUCACAUUUUAUCAGUCCAGAUUUUUGCCACUUUAUAAAGGAAAAAAAAUGUUCCCCAGAACUGCAUUAGCGAUGUAUAAAGGGCAUGGAAGUGAACACAGAUACACAGAAGAAUUACGGUGAAACAAGUGAAAUGCGCAAAAUGUUCCAAUGGAGUCAAGAUCGGAUCGUAUUCUGAAGCGCUUCGAAACUUCAUCUGAACCUCUUUCAAAAGGCUCUAGUGGAGGUUAAUGAGAUUCUCACUUGUGUUUUAAUAAUUUCUAGUGAUAGUCAAACAAUAAUUCUUCAUCAUCGAUAAGAAAAAAAACAUCCGUGAGAAUCUGGUUAAUCUCCGUGGCCUUUGAAAACAGUCCCGCUGAGAGAGAAAGAAGCGUUUCAAAAUACGGGCCAAAGUUAUAUAAGAGGAGGAAUAAUUCAGAGUAUAUUCAAGUUUGUAUAAUGAGUGCUAUAAAUAAAAAUGGAUGGGGGUA